GUUUCUCUCUGAACAAUGAGGAGCAGACAGCAGAGAAUCUGUGGCUUUUUGACACUCGUUUCUUAUCUGUUGACCUCAUCUCCACCCACUGCAGGUUUGGACCUGAGAUUGUCUGGUUUUGGAGCCACUCGGUGCUCGGGAAGACUGGAAAUCUUGUACAACAAUUCGUGGGGAACCGUCUGUGACGAUGGCUGGGACAUAAAGGAUGCGAGGGUGGUGUGCAGGCAGCUGGGCUGUGGUGCAGCUGUGAAGGCCACUAAGGCCGCCCGCUUUGGUCUUGGGACUGGUCCGAUCUGGCUCGACGACGUCAAAUGUUCAGGACGUGAAAAGUCACUGGACGUCUGUAAACACAAACACUUUGGAAAACAUAACUGCAAACACAGCAAGGACGCUGGCGUCGUCUGUGCGUCGAUCAGAUUAAUUGGCUCCACUAGAUGCUCUGGAAGAGUUGAGGUCUUUCACAGAGACUUCUGGGGAACAGUCUGUGACGACCGCUGGGACUUAAGCGACGCCAUGGUGGUGUGCAGACAGCUGGGCUGUGGAAUAGCGAGGGGUGCCGCUCACUCGGCCCUGUUUGGCAAGGGAGACCGGGUCAUCUGGCUCGAUGAAGUCAACUGCUCAGGAAAUGAAAAUAACAUCACAUCGUGUCCGCACAACGGGUUUAGAGUCCAUGACUGUUCAAGCAGAGAAGACGCUGGAGUCGUCUGCUCAGAUAGUCUCCCAAAGCCCAGCAUCUCUGUUGAUCCAAGUAAUCCGGUCUACUUGGGUCAGACUGUCAGCAUCAGCUGCUCAGACUCAGCUGUUCUUUCAGGUGGAACAUUUUUCCUGAAGAAGACUCGUUUACACAACGUCACAGAAAUAUUAUCUUCCAGCUCCAGCACGUUCCUCAUCUCUGAUGUGGGCUUCGAUGAUGACGGAUCGUAUCAGUGUCACUAUGAAAUAACCCUUUCAAAUCAAACUUUCACCACCAUCCCAAGUGACCCCGUCAGACUCUCUGUGACUGGGCUCUUCCCCAGUCCUGACAUUUCUAUGCACCCUGCUAGUAACAUCACAUUGGGACAGGAAGUUAACAUCACUUGUGCCAUUGCAACACACUUUCGACUGUUGGGUGGAGUCUUCAUUAUGCUGAAGUCAUCAGAAUCAGUCUUCCAGCGAGAAAUAUCAACAUCCAACUCGACCACAUUCAGGAUUGCCAAGGUGACGGCUGAUGAUGAGGGACGGUACCAGUGUGUGUAUAAGCUGAGAACGUCUCUCUCCACUCCGAGCGCUUUCGUAAUGCUGUCGCUGGUCUCUGAGGUUUCGUCGGUGGCGUCUCCCGGUGCCUCUGCGCUCGUCCUCAGAAUCUCUGCUGCGAUCCUGCCGACGCUGCUGCUGCUGCUGCUGCUGCUGGCCGUGAUUCUGCUGAUCUACAGGAGGAAAAGAACGAGCACACAGUCUGGUGGUCUCAUCUUAAGUCAACUGUCUGCCGCAUCAAAGAAAGAUGACAAGGACCACAACUAUGUGAACCUUCAUCAAAGGAGCAUCAACAAGGAGCUGAGAGAGCGAGACGGCAGCGUGGAAGAGAAGGAGACGGACGUUUAUGAGCAGCCAGAUGAAGAUCAUCACUAUGACGACGUGGGCAGACAUUCAAAUGUCCCAGAGAGUAACAGAAAAGAGGAGGAAGAAGAGAAUCCCUACAUAUCAUUUUAACAAACUGGACAUCUGUUGAGAGACAUGAGUCAAACUGAAAGACAACUGUCUGUAGUGUCCUGGAUUCUGGUGUUUGACAUAAACAGACUUAUCUGUGUGACUCACAUUGACAGCGUGAAGAAAAUCAGAAAUGUGAUUUGGAUUUCACUGGUCUUGAUGAUCUCAGAGCUCAUCCAGAAAAAAGCUCUGCUUCAUUACCCACCAAUUUUCAAUAAACUAAAGGUCUAGUGUGUAACAUUUAAUAUACAACCAAUAAAUAGGUUUGUAUAUGUUUUCACUAUUCUUUUAUAUGUACUUUAUACUUUAUGAUACCCUUGCUUUAUGUCUGGUUGCUUUAUUUGCCCUUUUUCUCUAUGGAGCGCCCCCUAGAGUUUGAGUACAACAACAUAAACACUCAUUGUCUACCACUUUAUUCUCACUGUUGUAAACCACUGACUCUCCGCACAGGCGUCAGAUACACCAGCAGUAUUUAUGGUCAACAGUUUUGUCCCCACGACUUUUAAUAAGUUUCCUCCUGCUUCGCCACUGUAGUCUCCUGACCUGCUCCCUAACAUCAGUACACACUGGACCGUAAUGUAAAGGCUUGCAAACAUUUGCAACCAAUUUGGAGUGUAAAGUGAUAGAGAAACAUCGCCCAGGGAACUUUAAAGACUUUUAUAGUUCACUGUCGAGUUUUUUCCACAGUUGAGUUGCAUCAGCGCUGUUGAAGCAGCCGCACGUGACACAGGUUUCUCCCAACGUCCUUGAUAUCCUUGUAAAAAUGUACGUCAACACGAAGAUGGAUCAAAGUGGUUAAAAAGAAAUUGUAUUGUGUAUUGUGAGGAGAUGCCUCCACAUGAAUGGAUUCACCUGUAAUGUGUACGUUAUAGAUCACAUUUACACUUUUUUAAGUUCUCCCCAAACACAUGUAUGCUUGCAUCUUUGUUGCUUGUGCACGUGUUGAGAAAAUAAAGUGUGAGAAAUGA